AUGAGUAGUGCAGAUAAUCCAAGGGCAACGGAUCUGGCUAAAUUCCUAUGCUACUUGUUUAGAAGUUGUAGGUUUUCCCCGAAUACGAUAGCAUUACACAAGUCAGUAGUAUGUACCUUUGCAAAUCCGGAAAAAUCUAAGCUCUUAGCCUCAAAUGCCCUAGUACAAAGAACGAUGAAAGCCAUUAAGUUGAAACAGCAGCCUCCAAGGAAAUCCAUAUGGAGUGUUUCCACUAUCAUACAGUGGCUGGUUCCCAACCCACCUGCAGAGGAUAGUAUCUUCCAGGUGUCUCGCUACGUAGCUUUAAUGCUGCUACUAGCCUCAAGAUUUGCAGACCCCUUAGAAAAUUUGCGUCCCUCCGCUGUUUUUGGGGCAUUUACACUGUUCACAUACAGUUAUUUGCUGCCGAUGUUCGGCGCACAUGGCACUAAAUCCAACCUAAUACAAGACAAUAGUAAUCUGUACUUACGGGUUCCAUCAAAUCUUGUGGCGAUCGUAUCCAGGAACGUGUUUUGGGGAGCCAAGAGGCCCCUUCGUGCUGGCAUGGGGCCUGGAAAUUUGAGAAAACAGGUAAAAGACGAGGACACCGAUCAGGCACUCGGCGUCGAGCGAAAAGGCGGUAAGCAUGGUUCGACCAGUCGGAGCUUCAGAAUACUAGAAGAAACACCCCCACCAAGCCCUGCACUAUCUUUACAGCACAGAGCAGAGAAUUUAUCUGCUCUCAAUAGACGUAGAAUGCGCAAGCGGCAUGGUAUUCUGUACGCCAAGAUUAAAAGUUUGGAAAAUAAAGUAAGGAACGCAGUCAAGCUUAGUGAAAAAUACAAUAAGAGGUAUUUGAGAUUGAAAACUAAAAAUACUGACCCAAACUCUCCAGCAACUAAAAUGUCUUCGCUUUUAAACAAUAUACAAGUUCCUGACGUUGUAUGA